GAGCGACCUCUACUGAAGAUGGCGUGUCGUAAAAUUUUACGCAGUGACAUUGUUCACCGUUUGUUUGCAAGUUCCUUUGGAAAAAAAUGUCAAUCAAUCCGGACAAGUAUGUCUUCAAUUGAAGGAUAGUAGUUAAAAUCAGCGGUUCCAUGGAUGAAGAGGAAAAGUCUGUGCUGUUGGCUGCAUAUAAUGAGCAUGUGUCCCUUGCUAAACUUGAAAGGGAUUUUUAUCGUCAACAAUGCGUAGACUCUAAGCAUGUCUGUUCGGAGAACAACACGUUUGAAGGCGCUCCUGCAUGCUCGACGCCCAUAAAGAACCAUUAUUCAUGGGAUUAUGCACAACAGGUCCAUUACCCACACCACAGUCAGGAGGUUGGACCAAUCUACUUCAAGACUGCGAAAAAAUGUGAAGUCUUUGGUGUUUGCUGUGAAGGUACAGGAAAACAGGUGUUUUACUUGGCAAAUGAGGGCGAAUCACCUGGGAAAGGAGCAAACACGGUUGUCAGCUACAUGCACCACUACCUUCACCAUUAUGGCCUAGGGGAGGAAGAGGCAGUUUUCCACUUCGACAACUGUGCUGGACAAAAUAAAAACAACUGUGUACUUUGGUAUGCAUUGUGGAGAGUUAUUGUUGGGCUGCACACUCGAAUGCAAUACUCAAUGAUGGUGACUGGCCACACCAAGUUCGAGCCUGAUUGGCAUUUUGGAUUGUGGAAGUCAAAGUGGAGACUUUGCGAUGCAGAGACCAUUGAGGCAGUUGCUGAGACUGUGUCAACCUCCUCAAGGUCUGGACAUAAUGUGCCGCACAUGGUCGGUGAUUCAGAGAAGCCUGUGCACUUCCACGAUUGGAAAACUUUCCUUUCGCAGUUCUUCAUACCUAUGAAGAACAUUUCAAAAUACCAACAUUUCCUUAUUGAUGCUGGUAAACCAGGCUGGGUAUGUUGUAAAACUAGUGAAAACUCUUUGGUUGAAAGUCACUGUUUGUUAAAGAGUGCUGACCUCUUACCAUCAAUGUCAAGCCAGUCUUGCCCAGCCCGUAUUAAAGGACCUGGACUCAGUAGCGCCCGACAAUGGUACCUAUAUGAGGAAAUAGGGCAGUUCUUUAAAUCAGACCUCAGUAGACAAGCUACCUGUCCCAAACCGAAGUCAAAAAAACAAAAACUGUCUGUGUAACUCAGAAGUUGCAAAAACAUGUGCCCUGUCCUGUCUUUAUGUUUGUUUAAGGUCCAAAAUUGAAUGAUCCUGUUUGUCACAUAUACUUAGAUUAUUUGUUUUGAUUACUAAGUUAUAUGCUAUUGUUACCGUAUAAACUGUUCAUUGGUGAGCUUUUCAGCAAUAAUUACUAGUGUGACAAUUUUAAUAUUAAAUUGGCUUGUGGCAUGGUAUUUUCUACAUUUAAACUUAUGUUGUAAUGCUAUAUAUGUAAAAGUGCAUGUUUUGAGACAUGUUUAAAAAGUUUGCCAAAACAUUUAGCCAUAUAAAUGAACCACUGUUCAUGUGUUUUAAUUUAUUAUGACCGGCGGUCAUAUAUCAGUUUUGUUGAUGUAGCUCAUCAUACACAUGAUUUUGAAACCCAUUUACAUGUAAAAUAAGAAUGUUGGUUGCUAUGGAAACAUUAUUUUGGCAUUAACUUCUUUGUUGGUUGAAUGGAUUCGAUUUAUAUUGAAAUGUUUUUAUGUUUAUUUUAUAUGAUGUAUAGACGGUAACUUGUUUUGUCUUAAACAUAAUACAGGUUCAUCUUCAAUUGUUCUGCAUUAGAAGUACAUGUUGUUAUUAUUUGUGUGUAUUUAUGGAGGUUUUACUAUGUGGGUUUUGUAAACAAAUUGUAGUUAAAUUGUUUUGUCAAAUAAUGUUCCUCUUUUUCAUGAUUGAUAUGCAUGGGAAAGGAUUUACUAAUAAAAUUAGGUGUUUUUGCUGUUCAAAACAGUAAAAAUUGAUUUUUUAUCUAUUUGUUGCCAUGGUAACCAUGGUUACCAUCUGCAAAUGUCUGUAUAUUACAGUUUUUACCAGCAUAUAAGUAUGGCACUUUUAAAUAACAUGUAUGAUGUUUACAUAGUGCGAAGUCUUUAAUGAAUUGAAAUCAAUACACUGUAAAAUAUGUGGAUCUUUUCUAUAAAAAAGGACAUGUUGCAAUAUUACUCAACCUAUUGUCUUGGCUUCUUUUUCUUACUAUGUAUUAAAUAAAUAUCUUGUUUACUUAAAGAUCAGUGACUGUAAGCAGUUUUAUCAUAUACUAAUAUUUGACAAAAACGUAAAUAUUUUUUUCCUGAUAUUUAGACAAUACAAAUGAAAAUAAUGCUUUUUAUUUGAAUUCGUUACCAUAGCAACCAGUGUAUUCAAAUGAUUGUUGUUGUUUGCACAUAAAAUAAGAUAAACAUGGUCAGUUUAACUAAUGCAUGAAUCUCUGCAUGAAUUAUAUACGUUUAAUACAUGUAUACUGUAUUUACAAAAGAGUUUGUUGUCAUUGUCAAUUGAUAUAGAAAACCAUUAUUUAGCUAUAAGAUCGUAUAAGGGUGCAUGUGUUCAAAACUCAAUAUCUCAAAAACUAUUAUAGAUAGAACCCUAAAACUUUGGAUUUGAUUUAUGCUUGCUUUCAUCUUUUCAAAAAUGACAAAAAACGAAAAUGUGAUUUUUCCUCGUUUGUACUGAUUUCUGUAGCCUAUGAC